GCGACGGCGGGUGAGUCCCCGAUAGUUAAUCCCCGUCUUGCUAAGCGUCAUGUGACUUUGAUCCUCUUAGCGAUGCUCUCCCUUGGGACGACGCUCAUCCUGCAGAGUACUGUUUGUAUACGCGCAUCAUCUGGACUGGUCCUACAGACAUGGCGAGUCCUGGGCAGAAAGUGGUGCUGAUCACCGGCUGCUCCUCGGGCAUCGGCUUGAGGAUGGCCGUGAUGCUAGCCAAAGAUGAACAGAAGCGCUACCAUGUCAUAGCUACCAUGCGAGACUUGAAGCGCAAAGACAAGCUUGUGGAGGCGGCCGGCGAUGCCUACGAGAAGACGCUCUCUCUGGCUGUGCUGGACGUGUGCGACGAUGCAUCCGUCAAACAGUGCAUCAACGGCAUCAAAGAUCGCCAUGUUGACGUCCUCAUCAACAACGCGGGCAUCGGCCUGGUGGGCCCCUUGGAGAGCAUCCCUAUAGAGGAGAUGAAGAAAGUGUUUGAGACCAACUUCUUUGGCGUGAUCAGGAUGAUCAAGGAGGUGAUGCCUGAUAUGAAGAAAAGGAAAGCAGGGCACAUCAUUGUGGUCAGCAGUGUCAUGGGACUCCAAGGAGUGGUGUUCAACGACGUCUAUGCAGCUUCUAAGUUUGCCAUGGAAGGUUUCUGUGAGAGUUUGGCAGUGCAGCUGUUGAAGUUUAACGUCACGUUAUCAAUGAUCGAACCUGGCCCGGUCCACACUGAGUUUGAAGCGAAAAUGAUUCAAGACGUGAGGCAGAAAGAGUAUCCCGGAGCCGACUCGGACACGGUGCAUUACUUCAAGAACGUCUACCUCCCGUCUUCUGUGGACAUCUUUGAGACGCUGGGACAAACGCCAGAUGACAUUGCGAGAUGCACCAAGAAGGUGAUUGAAGCCAGCAGCCCGCGUUUCCGCAACCUGACCAACCCCUUGUACACGCCCAUCGUGGCAUUAAAAUACGCCGACGAAACAGGAGGCCUGUCGGUCCAUGCCUUCUACCACAUGCUCUUCAACCUGGGCCCGCUCAUGCACGUUAGCAUGACCGCCAUGAAGUACCUCACCUGUGGAUGUCUGAGGAGCCGCACUGUUUCGCCAAACUAAGGAACUGGAGCACGGACUGGACUGAAUAAAUAUACGACAUGGCCACAUCACACCUGCUCAGGGUAGUCAAGUCACUAGCUGGGAUGAAUAGUAAAUACAACCACCUCAGGACAUCUGUGUCGAUUCAUUAAGUGCUAACACAUUUUCCAUUUGCACACACACCACUGCUGUUCAUUCAUUUUGGGUGAGCAAGGAAACGAGACCAAAGAAUCACGCAAUAUAAUGGCGCCAUCUGGUGGACUAAAUGUUCCAGACUGGGUAUUCCUCAUUAUACAUUUCAACUUUUUCCUCAACGUCAUUUUGCAAAAAUUACAACUUGAUUUUUUUCUUGUUUAGGACUUACAAAUAUGACAUAUUUUUUCUUUAAUAUUUCAACUCUAUGUUAAUAAAAUGACAUUAUGUUUGCCUCGUAUUACAAAAUGGCGUCCUUUUCUUUCU